AUGACCGACAAAGAAAGCGAACGGGUUACAUCCAAGGAUUUGGGUAGAACCACAGCCACCGAUAAUAUCUCCACCAGUGAGAGCGAUAACAAUCAUGAGCUCCAUUUUGCCAGACGUGGUGAAGUUCUUGCGAAAACCUCGUCGAGUCAGGAAAGCAUUGACGGAUAUGAUCCGGAAUUAAUGAAUGGGAGGACAUUGCUCACUGCAGAAGAGGAAAAGAAAUUGCUACGCAAGAUUGACUGGCGCUUGAUGACGCUUUGUUCAUUAAUUUUCAUGUUCAAGAAUCUGGAUAGCAACAAUGCAUCCAAUGCUCGAAUCAUGAAUAAAGGGACGGAUCAAAACAUUAUGACACAGCUCGGACUUACAUCGAACGAAUAUAAUCUCGUGACAGUCCUUUACUAUAUCCCUUAUAUUGUGUUAGAAGCACCCUCCAACUUGCUGCUUAAGAGAUUCUCUCCCUCAAAAUGGCAGUCAAGGAUUAUGUUCAGCUGGGGUAUUGUCCUCAUGUGUAAUGCUGCUGUCAAAAAUAAGGGUGGUCUGUUCACAACACGGUUCUUACUGGGCGUGGCCGAGGCUGGGCAGUUCCCCGGUGUCAUUCUUCAGAUGACCUACUGGUAUCGCCCUGACGAAAUGUCCUUACGACUUCUCUACUUCUAUAUUUGUGGAAAUGUUUCCGGUAUUUUCGGUGGUCUUCUUGCUUACGCCUUUGACACCGUGUCUGGCGCAGGAGGACUCUCUGGAUGGCAAUGGUUGUUUCUUACUGAAGGCAUUGCAACUGUUAUUUUCAGUGUGGUUAUUUGGUUCCUGCUCCCAGACUUCCCUGAGACAGCAAAAUGGUUGACCGUGAAGGAAAAGAAGUUUAUUCAAGCUCGGCUGCCAUCCAACGCUCCUCGCGCCAACGAACAGGACUUCAAAUUCCGUGAAAUCAUUGAAUCGCUCAAAGAUUUAAGACUUUGGUUGUUCACAUUGAUUUGGGCUACUUUCACCGUUGGAACUAACGGAGUCACAUUCUACCAAUCGACAGUCAUUGCCGAUCUUGGCUAUACGAGCAUUGCUACGGCUCAACUACUUAAUAUUCCUAUCACGGUUUGCGGACUCCUCUUCAUUGCUGUUACAGGGAUUACAGCAGACCGCAGUCGGAUACCCAGACCGUUGUACCCACUUUCCUUCCUGCUGGUUAUCCUAGUCUGUUACGGCGUCUUUGUUGCCUAUCCAAGCAAUGGUGCAGUAUACGCUGUCACACUGAUCGGAAAUGCUUUGACUGCAGGAUGGUAUCCCGUCAUGUGGCCGUGGCGAGUACAAACCACCUCCCGGGCUACGGGCUCCGCCUUCUCUAUUGGGUUCGUCAACAGCUACGGUCAAAUUGGAGGUGCCAUUGGUCCGCAAUUGUUCAGAAGCGAGUACGCGCCGCACUAUACAGUGCCCUUUGCAGUGGCCAUGGGCCUUGUUGGGCUUUGUGCGAUCUUGACACUGAUUACGUGGUGGGUGACUCGAGAGACGGAGCGUGACACGCGGCGGUUGAAGCUCGCCAAAAUGGCAGCUGAGAAGAGAGGGGAGACUAUUCUAGAAGACGUUGUGGACAAAGACUUGAAAACGCUUUAG